UGUUACACAUUUGAUGAGUUGAGUUUUAUUGCAGAUGUUUAUAGUUUAAAUUAGUAUUAUUAGUAUUUCACAUCAAAAUCAGAAAUGUAAAGUGUAGUUGAUUUUAAACAAAAACAGUUCUUCUCAUUUGUACAAUUUGUCUAAAUUUACUUUGUAUUAAGAAUACACAGAAACUUUAAAAAUGUCGUCAAAACCCAAACAGGGUGUUAUAAAAGACAUCAUGGACAAGGCAAAAGCAGAGCAGAAGGCAAAAUUCGACCACUCAAAGUCUAUGGAAAAGAAAGACAGAAAUAGGAGUUUUAGUGAAAAUGUAAAAUCAUCCCUUGUACCGUUAUCUGAUUUACACAGGAAUUCUAUUUCUGAAAGUGAAAUAAAAACUGUCUCGUCUCGAUAUGGAGACUCGAUAAUGUCUAUUAGAUCAGUUACACAUCCGACAUCCUACUUGGAAACAACGAUCCACGUGUUGAAAGGAAAUGUCGGAGCAGGCCUGCUAGCGAUGGGAGAUGUUCUUAAGAACAGUGGGAUUUUAUUUGGUCCUAUCUUGUUGAUCACUAUGGGAAUCAUUUGCACAUACUGCAUUCAUCUUCUGCUGGUUUGUGCGAAUAAAUGCGCAAUCAAAUGGCGACUGCCGGUAGACCCAACUUUUGCAGAGACUAUUGAACUCAGCUUCAAACUAGGACCAAAGAUAUUUAAGCGAACGAGCCGGCUUGCAAAAAGUCUCCUCGUUUGUUCUUUGAUUGGGACACAACUAGGGUUUUGCUCAGUGUAUUACCUCAUUAUCGGAAAGGCUGUUGGUCGAUAUUUUCAACUUGCGGGAAUUAAUUACGACAUAAGAAUAUAUUUGAGCGUGAUCUACCCAGUGAUAUUGGCAAUGGUUCUUAUAAGAAGUCUGAAGUUUCUAGCACCACUGUCUCUUAUUGCAAACAUUUUUAUACUCUUAGCGGUCACAAUGGUAUUGAUCGUAGCUUGCCAAGACUUGCCUAACAUAACAGAGCGCGAGGUUCUCAGACCAGUAGAAAGGUGGCCGUUUGCUUUUGGAACAAUUAUUUUCGCCUACGAAGGUAUCAACCUAGUUAUUCCAUUGAGGAAUGAAAUGAAAAAACCAUCAACAUUUCAAACAUUAUUUGGAGUUUUAAAUGUAUCGAUGACAUUGGUAAUUCUGCUCUACACCACUUUUGGACUAAUAAGUUAUUGGAAAUAUGGGAAUGACAUUUUGGGUAAUGUAUCUACAAAUCUUCCUGAAGGGCACUGGACUACAUUGAUAUCAGACGGCUCACUAUCUGUGGCGCUACUUUUUUCUUAUCCAUUACAAUUUCAUGUAGCAUUUAAAGUAAUAUAUGAACUCCUAGUUGAAAAAUUGGGUGCUUGGGUAGAGACCGGGAAAAGGAUACUGAUUUUAGAAAUACUAGUACGUUUCUUCUUGGUAACAUUAACAUGCCUCUUUGCAAUGUUUAUUCCACACUUGUCUCUUGUUAUAUCAUUGGUUGGGGCCAUGUGCAGUUCGUGGCUUGCAAUUUUACUUCCUGUUUUGGCACAUAUAUCACUGUACUCACCCUGGAGUAAAAACCAUAAAGAGAAUAACGUCAUUAGGGGCUCAUACAUUUGUAAACUGUGGUUUGGAUUAUUCAUAAAUAUAAUCUGCUUAUUUGUCGGCAUUGCUGGCUUCAUCUUGGGAACUUAUGUGGCAACUGUAGACCUGAUAUCGAAGAUAAAUGAAGACUAUAUUGCUCGCCCACCCCAUGUUUAACAAAAAGGCACAUUCAAAACAAUUUGGUUUUACCUUACUCUCAUUUGUUCCACUUCAAGUAACAUGCACUCAUCGAAAAUACACUAAAUUACAAAAUUGAAUUAUAACGUCAAUUAAAUUACAUGCUUAUUAAA